CUGUUUAGAUUCCGCUCGUGCAACCUCACGUGUCGUUUGGAUGGUCGAUGGUCACCGUGGUCAGAUUGGUCACCUUGUUCACCCACCUGUCACCGAUUUCGUACCAGGACCUGCACAUCGCCACCUCCAAUCAAUGGCGGUCGGCCAUGUGUAGGACGUGAACUGGAAACUGUACCAUCUACUGUGUUCCAUCCUCGGCGCCGCAACCUCGACUGCCCAACGAUGCGACUGUCUACGCUGGAUUGGCUUGUGUUCUUGUCCUGCUGGCCAUCAUUAUGGCCCUGUGUACUGCCCUUCUUUGCAAGAGGAAUCGUGGCAAGAAAGGGCAGCGUGAAGAACAUCUACUACGCAGAAAGUGGAGCCGACGAAUGUAUAAAGCCGCCGCCACCAGUCGGUUCGCAGUUCUUCACUCUUGGAAGCACAUGUUCUCCGUCACCAUUGCAUCCAUCAAUGACAUUACGAUCAGGGAAAAGCGGAUACAGUGGCUAUUCUGCGAACCGGAACGCUGGUUCACGUGCAGCUCUAAUCACUGAAUGCUCGUCAAACUCGUCCUCAGGCGGCAAACGGACACUCGUUCGGACGAGUUCUAACUAUUCAGACGACGAGAAUUACGCCACUCUUUAUGACUAUCUGGAUGAGAAAGCCGUUGGCUGUCUCGAAUCUUCACAAGCAGUACUAGCCGCACAAGUCGAUCAGAGCGGCGCACGAUUACAGCUUCGUAAAUGUGGUGCGUCGUUGUUAAUACCGGAAAACGCAUUGAACUCGGACAGAAUGAUCUAUCUGGCGGUUUCCGAUCAAAUUAUCGACCGUCCUAAACUACAGCCUGGAGAAUCAGCGCUGUCAUCAGUAGUGGUGCUCGGUGAAUGUGAGGGUGAGCCGGCUAGUCCGGCUCGGCUACUGUUGAAGCCUUUGAUUCUUUCGAUUCGACACUGCGCCUCGGUGUUCCCACGUGAUAACUGGUCCUUUAUCCUGUAUGCGGACGAAGGGUUCGGGUGGCAGCGAGUGCUGACGGUUGGUGAGGAAAAUCUGAACUCGACGAUGUACGUCCACAUGGAGAAGCCGGGACGGAGUGAUGGUGGAAUGGGUUGGUGUCACGUGAUGCUGGACAACUUUGCCAGGGUAAUGUUGGCCGGUCGACCACGACGAGCCUCAGCCGCUGCAUGCAAACGAGUUCACCUGGCCGCCUACGGACCAUCGGAGCGACCUCGAACGUCCAGCUUUGAUCUGCGGGUCUACUGUGUGCCGGAGACUGGAGCCGCCAUGGAAAGCGUUGCGAAGCAGGAACAGCAUGGACGGUUACUUGCGGAAUCCGAGCACUUUUUGCUAAACGAGAAAGGUGAUCUCUGUUUCUGUGUCGAGGAUGUCUCCGAAGGCUUCUCCACACGUGGAUCAGCGCUCGUGGAAAUUCCGGACACUCAUCAUCAAUGGUGCAGUCAAAAUGGUCUGCACUGUUCGAUUACUGUAUGUAGCGACAUGAAGCGGUCGGUGGACGACUUCAUGGCUCGUAUUGUCAUCUAUCAGAAGACGAACAACGCCGAGCGACACGUAUUGCAAGUACGGUUCGAAAACAACAUCUACGACAAACCACCAGCAGAAGAAGAUCGUGUCGUGACGACGGACUUCAACCUUCCUGUCGAAGUAAAGGACGAGUUAUCCCAACUACUCGACCCUCCUACGGAUCCAGACCGUGACUGGCGAGGUCUGGCCAAGAAGCUUCACACUGACAGAUACAUCCAGUACUUCGCCACUCGUCCUGGCUGUUCUCCCACGACUUUACUGCUCGAUCUGUGGGAAGCCAGGGAAUGCGGAUCGUUACGAGCCGCUCAUGACUUGUUACAAACGUUGCGAGUAAUGGGACGGCCAGAUGCCGUCGCACUGCUCGAGCAGUACCUCUCACAUUUCUCAUACGUUACCUAA